AUUCAUGUGCAUGGUAAAGAAGGAGACAGCUCAAAGCAGUUACCAUGAAGAAACAGAAGAAUUCCCAUUUCACCGACACAAUAAACUUGUCAUCACCGGCUAGAUGUGCGUAACAUUCAAAGCAAAUGGGGUAGAGAAACAAGGCCAGAGAUGGGGUAGAUUAAUUUAGAGUUUUUGACUCAGUCUUCUUUUUCUUUACUGAAGAUGAUUACAAGUCAGAGCCGACUGACAACAACAUGAUUAUACUUUGAUCUCUUCUUCGAAUAAUUCCAAUCACAAACCUCCAGUUUACUUACAGCCCCAUAUACGAAAGCUUCUAAAUUUAUUAAAAAAUAACUUCUUUGAAAAGCUUAAGAAAUUAGCUACCCUUAACUUGUAUGUUUCUUGUUGGAGUUGAAGAAGAAGGAGAAGUGGACGGGUAGACAGAUAGAAGGAUACAAAAGAAAACAAGUCAUAGUCUUUUGUUUUCAUAUUCUUUGUUUCUCUUCUUUUAUUUCCCGUCCAAGACGAAAUAGUUAGUGGGUUGAGACUAUUCUUUGUCUCGCUGGCGCAGUCUGCAUUUCUUCACCAGAAAUUUCUCUUUUCUGGGAGUUCUUAUUUUGGUGUAAUUGUUAUAUCAAUACCUCUCCCAGACAAUUGACAAUCUUCAUAGAAUGCAAGACACAGAUUGUAGAAGCUUUUUGGUGGUUGUGACAGAGCUACAAGCCUUAAGUGAAGAGGUGGCAUCACUUGCAAGAAGCUCAGAAUCUGAGAUAGAAAUCUUCAAUGAAUUUACACUUAUUCUUGAGAAAUUCACCCCGAUUUUUGAUGGUAUAAAAGACAAUAGCAAGGUCAUGGACAUACCUCCAAUUCGAAAAGCAGUUGAAUCCCUUGAAAAAGAGCUUAGGCGAGCCAAGUCUUCGAUAAAAAAUUCCAGUUCAAGAUUACUUAGUAAGCAAAUGGAGGAUUUAACUCGAGAUAUUGGGCGAUCUUUAGGCCUUGUGCUCUUUGCAAGUAUUGAUUUGAAGUUAGAUAUCAAGGGAAAAAUUGGAGAAUUGCAUAAAGAAUUGAUGAAUGCCAAAUUUGAUAAGAGUUUAAGUCCUAGCCCUACCCCUAGCCAAAGUGCAAGUGCAAAUCCAAGUUGUGGAUCAGGGUACGCUAGUCCAAGCGCAAAUCCAAGUUGUGAAUCAGGGUACGCUAGUCCAAGCGCAAAUCCAAGUUGUGAAUCAGGGUACGCUAGUCCAAGCGCAAAUCCAAGUUAUGAAUCAGGGUUCGCUAGUAACUUGGAUUCUGAAAAAGAAACAGAAAUUGAGGAGGAAAUACAAGAAAUUGAGGAGGAAACAAUUAGUCUUGGAAUAGACGAUGUUGUGUUGCAGCUUAAGUAUGGUGAUGAUGAAGGACUGAGAUUUGCUAUUUUGAAUUUAAAUGAAAUGAUUACUGCUAAGUCAGUUGACAGAGAGUGGAUUAAAGAGGGAGAAAUUGUUUCAAUUCUGUUAAAUCGUUUAGGUACCAGCAAGCCAAACAAUCGGUUAAGUAUUAUUCGAGUCUUAAGAGGCCUUGCAUCAUAUAAUGCUGACAGCAAGGAGGAGAUGGCCGAUGUUGGGUCAUUAUCAGCAUUGGUGAAAUCUUUGACGCGAGAUGUAGAAGAGCGAAGGGAAGCUGUAGGGCUGUUGCUGGAUCUUUCAGAUCUUCCUGCAGUUUGGCGGCGGCUAGGCAGAAUUCAAGGGUGCAUUGUUAUGUUAGUUGCAAUGCUACUUGGGGAUGACCUAGUUGCUUCACAUGAUGCAGGGAAGUUGUUAGAUGCAUUGUCUAGCAAUACUCAGAAUGCACUUCAUAUGGCAGAAGCUGGUUAUUUUAAGCCAUUGGUGAAGUAUCUGCAGGACGGUUCUGACAUGUGUAAGAUCCUUAUGGCAACAGCACUUUCCAGGAUGGAGCUUACAGACCAAAGUAGAUCUUCCCUUGCAGAGGAUGGGGCAAUUGAACCUCUUGUUAAAAUGUUUAAAGUUGGGAAGCUCGAAGCCAAGCUAUCUGCAUUAAGUGCAUUGAAAAAUUUGUCUAUGUUGGAAGAGAACAUACCACGUCUGAUCAGUUCAGGAAUUGUGGCACUACUGCUUCAGCUUCUCUUCUCUGUAACAUCUGUGCUCAUGACUCUUCGGGAGCCUGCAUCGGCGAUUCUUGCAAGAGUUGCUCAGUCAGAAUCUAUUCUUGUCAACCAAGAUGUGGCUCAGCAGAUGCUUUCCCUUCUAAAUCUUUCUAGUCCAACAAUUCAGUAUCACCUCUUACAAGCACUCAAUAGCAUUUCUGCCCAUUCUAGUGCAUCAAAUGUUAGAAGAAAAAUGAAAGAAAAUGGUGCAAUUCAAUUGCUACUGCCCUUCUUGACAGAAACCAACGCAAAAAUCAGGACAGCUGCAUUGAAUUUGAUUUCCACUCUCUCUAAAGAUAUGUCAGGAGAAUUAACAGAACAGCUGGGAGAAGGCCAUAUUAACAUGUUUGUAAACAUUGUAUCGUCAUCAACAUCUGAAAGUGAAAAAGCUGCUGCAGUUGCCAUACUGAGCAAUUUACCUGUUAAUGAUAAGAAAGCUACAGAAUUACUUAAGAAGAUAGGUUUACUGCCUAUUCUGAUCUCCAUAAUGAAUUCAAGCACUACAACUUCAACUCCAACAACCCAGUGGUUAGCAGAGAGUGUUGCUGGUGUGUUGGUUCGGUUUACAGUGUCCUCUGAUAAGAAACUGCAGCAGUUUUCAGUAGAACAUGGGGUGAUUCCAUUGCUUGUGAAGUUGCUGUCAAGUGGGUCAGUUAUUGCUAGAAGCAGAGCCGCGUCCUCACUGGCUCAGCUAUCCCAGAAUUCACUCUCUCUUAGAAAGUCCAAAACAUCAAGGUGGUUGUGUGUCCCUCCUUCUGCAGAUGCAUUUUGUGAAGUUCAUGAUGGUUACUGCUUUGUCAAAAGCACAUUUUGUUUGGUCAAGGCUGGGGCUAUCCCUCCAUUGGUCCAAGUACUGGAAGGUAAAGAGAGAGAAGCUGAUGAAGCUGCUCUUGCUGCACUUGCGACUCUCUUGCAGGAUGAAAUUUGUGAAAGUGGAAGUAAUUACAUAGCAAAAAGUUCAGGCAUUCAAGCCAUUAUUAAAGUUUUAGAAUCCGGGAUUGUGAAGGCUCAAGAGAAAGCAUUGUGGAUAUUGGAGAGGAUAUUUAGAAUUCAGGAACACAGAGUAAACUAUGGAGAGUCAGCACAGGUGGUGCUCAUUGACCUUGCCCAGAAUGGUGAUUCCAGAUUGAAAUCAACAAUUGCACCAAUAUUGGCACAGCUUGAACUCUUGCAAGGUCAAUCAAGUUACUUCUGAGACAAUUCACGCUGUGUAAGCAACAUUGUGAUUCUUAAUAUUUUCUUAUAUUUUAAUGUAAAAAUAUUCUUUGUUUGCAUCUUUCAUUUUCAUCUUGAUUCUUUGUUUAUUGUGUAAUUAAGAAACAUUUUGCAUUCCAAAUGAAAAUAGUUGAGGAAAUGCUAAAAGUUGUCCUUGUGAAGGUUUAUGACCGAU